AUGGCUACGGCCUCAGGUGCAGGCGAUGACGAUACAGGGCGUCGAGAUGUCGCCGCAUCCGAAGACAUGAACCUCAGGCAAGACCCACCACCAAGGCCGGUGACCACUUACGACACCCCAGAGGAGGAAGACGAGAUCGAGGACCAAGUUGUCGCCUGGGUGGAACGCAGCGAGAAUUCAGCUUACCUGCGAUCAUGGGACCCGCGACCACUACGCCAGAUGCCGCUCCUGUCGUCCUUUUGGGGGUACGACGAGGACUGGUACCGCAAUAAGCUUUGGAACGAGGCACUGCACGUCACUCGCGUGGCGGGCCGGCGGUUGACGCCCGAGGAGCUUUCCUUAUUCACCUUUCAUGUCUCCAAGGGGGUUGUGGCAGCCUCCUACGACCGCCCGUUCGCUCUAGGCGUGACGGCAUUUCUCCUCUGGCGUGGAGCCGCGACAUUCAGAAUGCCCUUUUACCAGCCCAAGUUCGUUCGCUUCGCCCAUCCUCAGAUGACUCGGCUUCCGUUCCUCACCAGUAUGGCUUGGCACGGCACACGAAUAGGCGCCUACGGAGCCGUCGCUUACGUUGCAUUUGGUCUGUUGUCCCAGCGCUAUCAGACCUACAUGAUGAAUACGUUUGGUGAUGCCGGUCUGGAACAUGAGCUCGGCCUGAAGAAGCUGGUGGAAGAUACGCAGGACAACUUGCAGCGUCUGGAGAGAGAAGCUGAGAGGAGACGCCGGCUGGGUGGCCAAAUCGAUGAGUAGCCUGCAUUUGAAGCCGAACCUCGGCACUCACCGAGGCUCACGCUUCCAGUUCCUAAGUUGGAUCUCAGCACCAUGAACAUACGAGAGAUUCCCAUCGCCCCUAUUAAGCAUUCCCUUUGUUUCGAACAAAUUGGCUGUGGGCUCCUGUGACCAUCCUACGCUGUUGGCAUGGGGAGAGGUCUAAUCCUUCAGCCACGCUCGGCAUGGUGAGAUGCAAAUUGAACAUGCAGGUGGCCGAGGAUGGCAGUGCUGGGGUACAUUUCGGGAGGUGUGCUGGAUUCUGGAUUUUCAAUGCAUACAAAACAAGUCUGACCCCUCCGCCACGAGGCCUCAAGAUUGGUGUCAGCUGGGUGCCAACAAAAACGAGGCUUGGGAGGAGGAUAUUUUGGCGAGCGCGGAGGCAAGGGGCUAGGCUGGAACCUACCCCUCCGCAGUGCCUGCGGUCCAUCACAGGCGAAGAGG